CAAUGCCAAGUAAGGGAGUCUCUGUGUACACUUACGUCGGCGUCGCGGGCUACUCAGUUAGCUUUUCUGUGCCUGAGCAACAGGCUCUGCGUGAUGCGAGGCACAAUUUCACUAGAGACCGCCUUGAGGUUGACUCCUCGAAGAUCAACGGGCAAGGCAACUUCACAGGCCGCUUCGAGUGGACUGUAUUUCGCUAUGGAGAGCGCAUAGCAGAUGCUUACAAUGACAUCAAUAGUUCGACGGGCAAGGUCGAGGGGGGUACAAUGAUAGCCACGAAGGACUUCCACCCAAUUGUCACGGAGGACGCCAUCAUCACUUACGGUUUCUACGCGGCCGGGCACGGCGAGUUUAACGGUAUGACAAACCGCCAUCAAUCGUACGUGACGAUUUGCUCAAGAGAAAAUCAUGCCUGGAUGGGCACGGUUGCUCCCCCAGAGUCUCCUGCCGCACAGCUGCCUUUCUCUCGUUUUGUGCUGGCCGCUCCUCAUGAUAAUGGAAUGAACAGCAUGGCGACGUGCGAUUCCAUCUUCCAGCACCUUAAUAAGGACUUGGUAGCAGUAAUCCGAAAGCUAGUCCCUUUGCUUCGGCAUGUCAAGCACAUUCCGGACCACUUCCUCAUGAAGAAACUGCCGCACAUCGUUUACAGUUUGUCCAUCACACAGAAGAAGACCAUUUCUGUCAUGCUCGACAUGGGAGCACGGUACUUCGAGUUCCGCCCAGCCAAGCUCCUACCCAUGUUUCAAAAAGUCUCUUCCCUGCAAGACACCUUCUAUUUCCAACACGCGUGUAUCCCCGGCCUGGCUUUUGAUGACUUUCUCCGCGAGCAAGUUGCCUUUCUUGACAAGAACCCAACCGAAAUAGUGAUGAUCCAUAUCCGAUGGGACAAUAUUGUCGCUGAUUGCGAGAAGCCCACGACUACGGAGCUUGAAAAGAUGCUGAACGAGGCUUGCGCAAAUACGACCAACGCUCCUCUUACCUGGGGUGACCGAGAGUGCUUUGCACGGCCAAUCGAGGAACUGCGUAGCACCGGAGUGCGUCUUAUCGUCGUCGUCGAUGCGGACAAGUACGAUAGCUGGACAGCAGAGGCGUACGCAACACUCAGUCCGGAUCCUAUUCUUGCUCGCUUUGAGACCAUGACGACGGAGGGCCAGGAAACCUCUGAUCUGACGAUUCUGCAGUGCCAGGCAACCUCGCAAUCAAUCAAAGAAGUACUCGUGCAUAGCCUGGUCGCCGCGGAGGGGGCCAGCUCCUCUCUUACCUCGACCAAAGGCUGGCUUGACAUGCACACCCUGCCGUGGAUCAGGGAGAAUGCACUCCAUAAAUUGCGUGCAGAGAGGAACAUUGUCAUUAUGAAUGAUUUUAUAGAUGGAGCGACUGUCGACACGUCAAUUUUGUUAUCAAAGCAGCGGCUAUCUAUGUAGAUAUUGUUCAACACCAUGACUCUGGUAUAUUUUAUGAUAGUUUACUGCGAAACAGAGAAUUUUUAGAGAUCUGAUUUCUAUAGCAUAUCCCUAUUAGGUGUCUUAAGUAUGCAGGCCAUUGUGAGGAUGGUUCGGUUCAAUCUACC